GCACGUCGGCGGUCUUCCUCUUCUCUGACAAUUAUCUUUCUUUGCUCGGCUAUCAAAAGACGCCCUUUUCGAAAGGCGCCAAAUGCGGAUAUGACUGAGCAAGCUGCAACUACUGUCGCUAUCUUCACCUCUACCUGAAAUGCAUCAGCGUAGGCAUAGCGGACAGCUGACCACUGUGCACGAGUGAGAUGUGUGUUAGAGCCGCCAAUUGUUGCUUGCUCAUGGGCCGUAAGAACGCCCGAAAGAUACUUUGAGCUUUUCUCGUUCAGCAAGGCCGAUGAUGCUGCGAUGCCCAAGCUACCACCCAAAAGCCGAACUUGAGAGAGAAUGCCCUGUGCGGGAGCUGAUGAUUUAUUGUUAGCGAUAGUCUUCUUCCACGACCCAAGCUGUAAUGCAUACCAUAGUCCCUAAUGGGUACCUCCACCGUCGAUAGCAUUGUCGAAGACGCGACGGUUAAGCCAAAGCCAAGACCACAAAAUGUCAUGUAACCAAGAAUUUUUGCAUCAUUGGGCUCAUGUGACAGCGACGUGAGCAAUCCGCAGCCGAUUGUCAUCACACUCGAGCCAAGUACCAAUGACUCAAAGGUGUAGUUCUUGGUGGCGUUUAUUUUGCCUGCUAAGAGGCUGCCAAUGGCGGCGGUCCCCAACAUGGGAAGCAACAUGACUCCCGAGAUGAGAGUAGACUUGCCACUAACAACUUGGAAGCGUAGGGGGAUGGCAUAGAUUAGCAACAAGUAAGGAAAGCCGUUGAGGAGGGUGUUGGCAACGGCGGUAGAGUAUAUCCUAUUGCGAAAGAUGUUGAUUGGGAAUGCGGGAGCAAACCGAUCGUGCCACCGACACUGAAUGAAGAUCUGCCACGCAAUGAGUAGACCGCAAGCAAACAGGCCACAAAUCAGGGGUGCAACGAAAAUGGAAGUUUUCCAUCCAUCGUUAGAUCUUUCUGUGCCAGCAUUCUGAAACGAGAAAACGACCAAAACUGCAGAAGCAAUAACAAGGAGGGAUCCAAGAAAAUCAAGUUCUUUCCAAGCACGUCGCUCUUUUGAUGGUAGGUAUUCCGAUUUGGGCCAAGUCAAGAUAAAUAUGACCAGCGACACGAAACCAACAGGGCCGCUGCAAGUUGUUAGCUUCAUGAUAAAGCAUAUAUCUCAAGGAGGAGCAACACUUGAUCCAAAACACCCAUCUCCAUGAAGCAUAGUGUGUCAAGAUACCACCCAGGACAGGACCAAGGACACCUGACAUGCAUGAUCAUCGUGAGCGAGUACAAUCCUGACUCUGUUAACGACCUGGCGAACAAGACGGUUCAGUAGAGUAUACCUGAACCUCCGAUGCCCUGCAGAGCACGAAAGGCGAUGAGUUGGUUAAUACUCUGUGCAAAACCACAGGCAAGAGAAAAUAUGAAGAAGAUUAUAUAAGAUGCGAUAAAGGCAUCCCGACGUCCAACAAUGUCGGAUAUACGAGCGAAGACGAUGGCGCAUCCGAGAUAUGCAAGAGUGUAUGCCAGAGCAACCCAGUUGACGUCCUCGAGGACCUCAAAGUCGACGCCGAUACUGUGUAGACUUGUUGCGACGAUAGAGGUGUCGGUCAUAGAAAGGAACAGGCCUAGAAGGACUCUUGGAGUAUGUGUUAGCAGCAGGUCAUCACAAGAGAUGAUGGGACAUACCCAACACAGAGGCCCCAGAAACGAGCACGGGGGAUACCAGGGACUUCGAUUUCGUCGAAGCCUGAAGCGGGAAGUGAUGAGUCUGUUUGGGAGCCAGAGAUGGCUUCUGGGUUGCCAUGGUCCUGGGCGCAUGUAUCCAUAUCUUUUACUCCUGCAUCCAUGAUGAGUAUGUGAAAGGGGAUGAGAAAGGCGACAAGAUCCCUCUGAUAUAUUCCAAGAAGAUUACAAGGAAGACGUUGAAAUGAAGGAAGGCAGUUAGUCGACUGUUGGAUUUAGGUAGUUUUGAUCCUGAUGGAAGCCCAAAAAUGUGGAGGAAAUUGUUGCAGUCCGAGCAGGUUUGGCUGAAUCACUGGCGCGUGGGGACUCUCGAUCACCACCUCAAACAAUAAGUAGCAAGUACGGGUAAUGAACAGGUCUUUUUUUAAUGCUUCGUUUGUCUCGACCAGUCAUGAUAUUUUGGUUCUACUAAAACGAGGUGUUGAGGAGUUUCCGUCCCUUAUAUGAUCAA